UCCCUCUGCUUCAAAUUUGAAUCUCUCCCGUCUCUCUCGGCUCUCUCUCUCUAAUCCGUUUCUCCUUCUCUCUCGAUCCUGUAUAGUCUUGGGCAGCCAAAUGGCGGAUUCAAGAUGGAGCUUCCUUCCCAAAUCCGUAUCCGCACACUUGAACCCUAGAUCCGACAUCGAGAACGCACCUCCGAACAUCCCUGACCCGAGAACUAAAUCAAUUUCAAAAUCACCGGCUCCCAGGAGUCAGAUCGACCGGCGAGGCCAAGUGUCAGCGACUCGGCGAACGGCGUUGAAAUCUCGCAGUGAAGUGGAGGAAGCUUCGAAUCAUCCACAUGUGAAGGUUGUGGUGAGGAUUAGACCUACGAAAGAGUAUUGCUGGACCGUUAAAAAGCUUUCCGAUGAUUCUUAUUCCGUUAGGGAUCGCAAGUUUACUUUCGACUCUGUUCUCGACUCCAUUCAUAAUCAGGAGGAUGUGUUUCAGCAAAUAGGUGUUCCUUUGGUGAGGGAUGCAUUAUCAGGUUACAACACUAGUGUCCUAUCAUAUGGACAGAAUGGAAGCGGGAAGACAUACACAAUGUGGGGUCCAGCAGGUUCAAUGCUGGAAGAUCCUUCUCCUAAAGGCGAGCAAGGACUCGCGCCUCGUAUCUUUCAGAUGUUGUUUACUGAAAUCGAGAGAGAGAAGAUGAACUCCGAUGUAAACUAUCAGUGCCGUUGUUCUUUUCUUGAGAUAUACAAUGGACAAAUCAGUGAUUUGAUCGAUCAAACCCAAAGAAACCUUAAGAUAAAGAAUGACGCAAAGAAUGGUACUUAUGUUGAAAACUUGACUGCGGAAUAUGUGGAUAGCUACGAGGAUGUUGCUCAAAUACUGAUGAAGGGCCUGUCAAGCAGAAAAGUUGGAGCCACUAGCACAAGUUUUCAAAGUUCUAGAUCACAUGUCAUACUUUCUUUCAUUAUCGAGUCCUGGAGCAAGGGAGCUUCAACAAGGUGUUUCAAUACCACCAGAACAAGCAGGAUCAACCUUGUUGAUCUUGCUGGAGUGGGAACAAAUGUACGUGAUGCUACUAAACACUGUGUGGAGGAAGAGAAAUUCUUAAAGAAGUCCCUAUCCGAGCUCGGACAUGUUGUGGAUGCUCUAGCUAAAAACGACCACCCUGGAAUAUCUGACCGCAGUCUUCAUAAAACCUCUUGCUUGACGCAUUUAUUGCAAGAAUCGCUUGGUGGCAAUUCAAAACUCACUAUCCUGUGCAACAUUUUUCCAAGCGACAAAAACACAAAAAGAACAAUGAGCACCCUUCGAUUUGGUGAACGAGCUAAAUCUAUGGGAAACAAACCACUGAUAAAUGAGAUCUCAGAAGAAGAUGUGAAUGAUUUGAGUGAUCAGAUUCGUCUUCUAAAGGAAGAACUUAUAAGAGCCAAAGCUGAUUGUCACUCUGUUGGGAGUAAAGAUAAUCAUCUUGGAGGAAAGAGUGCACGCGAAAAUUUGAAUCAACUAAGAGUUAGUCUUAACCGGUCUCUAAUGCUGCCAAAAAUUGAUUUUGACGAAGAAGACAUAACGGUUGAUGAGGAUGAUGUAAAGGAACUCCAUCAGCAAAUCAAGUCCUUCCGUGGUUCAUUCAGUGAGAAACAAAAGAAGCUCCCUGUCUACAGAGAGUCAGUCAGCUCUUCCUUUGUUACAGCAUUCGGUGAAUCAGAGCUAAUGGAUGAUGAUGAGAUUUUUUCAGAAGAAGUAGAAGCUGAAGAGAAAGAUUUGGAUGAAUCUUUCAAAGAAUGUGACGUCGACAGUGCUGCAACAAUCACCAAAUCAACCGAGAAAUCCAGGAUAAAGGAAUUUGCAUCGGCAAACAACAUGUCAAUAAAUCCUUGCCGUCAAUCUUUAAUCUUGCAAGAACCAAUCCAGUCAGAGUCUCCUAAAAUCAGAAACUCUUUAAGGAAGAGCAUAGCUCUUUCUUCCUCAUGUCUCAGGAAUCAGAAUAGCCUGGCACAGAGCAUAAAGUCCUCGUGUCUUGCGGAGAGCCAUAUCAGGGCAUCUUUACGUGGAAGCAAGAUAUUCACAGGUUCUACAGAAUCUCUAGCUGCAAGUCUGCGGAGAGGCUUGGAUGUUAUUGAAAAUCCUGCAUCAAACCGAUGCUCGGUUUCCUUGUCUUCUGAUAACUUGACCAUGCAACAUUCCAAGGAGAUACUGCAGGAUGAUGAUCAACUACCUCGUUCACCACUCUGUCCUUCCUGCAGACAGAAAUCUGAUACAUUAUUAAAUGUUGUUGAGGGAGAUGGACAUCAUCAAACGGAAGGGCUUACUGAGAAGCAGCAAGAGCUCGAAAAUCUGUGCACAGAGCAAGCAGCCAAGAUUGAGCGACUAACUCGCCUGGUGGAGCAACACAAACAUCAAACUGUGAAUGAAACAGAACAGCUUGUGGGAGCAAGUAACGGAGAACAGUUUUCUUCAGCAAACAAAAAUCAGCUUCUUAGCUCUAAUGAUGUUGUUGAGUCCAUAAAGACAAACUUUGAUAUUGGCGAGAAGGAGGCAUUACUCAAAGAAAUUGAAGAUCUGAAAACCAAAUUGCAGAAACCUGUGACCAUGUCCACCAACGAACUGAGAUCAUCUUUGUUGGCCCGUUCGUUUCAACUAUGCAACAAGAAUUCUGAGGAAGAUAUCGAGGAAGAACGACUUAGGUGCACAGAAAUGGAGAGCGAGUGGAUAUCAUUGACAGACGAACUCAGAGUUGAGAUUGAAACACAACGCUCACGCGCAGAUAAAGCUGAAGGACAGCUUAAACAAGAGAAACUAUCUACUGAGGAGUUAGAGGAUGCACUUCGAAGAGCUGUUCUUGGUCAUGCCAGGUUUGUUGAGCACUACACAGAGCUACAAGAGAAGUACAACGACUUAGGAUCAAGGUAUAAAGCAACGGGAGAAUGGAUAACAGAGUUGAAGAAGGCAGUGGCAAAGGCUGGGAAAAAAGGUUGCGGUUCUCGUUUCGCUAAAUCACUUGCUACUGAGCUCUCAGCGCUUCGAGUAGAAAGAGAGAGAGAAAGGGAUUUUUUGAAGAAGGAGAACGUGAGCCUUAAGAUUCAACUGAGGGAUACUGCUGAAGCUGUUCAUACUGCUGGAGAAGUUCUUGUUAGGCUCAGAGAAGCCGAACAAUCAGCAUCAGCUGCUGAGGAAAAGUUUAAUGAGGUGGAAGAAGAAAACGAGAAGCUAAAGAAGAAAAUGGAAAAGCUGAAGAGGAGACACAAGUUAGAAAUGGCAACACUCAAACAGAGUCUAAAGCAAAACACACUGCCAGAAUCUGCAUUGCAGCCACUGCAUCAGAGGAACUUGGAGAUUGAAGAAGGUAUGUAGAAGAAACAUACCAAAGUGCAUAACUUGAAGACCUUUCUCGGAUCUGAUUGGUAUACACAUGAACUUCCUGUUUAUUUUUCCACUUGCUGCUAAUAAAAAAAGAAGCUAAUGUCUUAUUCCACAAGGCAUUUUGAUUAUCAGUAUUUUGGUUUCCCAUUGGAGUUUAUUUAUUAUUGGCUGCUUUUGAUUUGAAUAUUGUGUUUGUGGCGUGCAAACUGGUCUUCUUUGUAUAACUUUCAACUGGUAAUUUAUUUU